CUAUUUCAGAUGAGCUCAAGAUCUACAAUCUUUGUGCUGACAUUAUUAGUAGUGUUCAGUAUGAGCUUGUUUUCAUUAGCAUCCGCAAUUUCUGCGUCUGUACAAUACUUCAAGCCUCCCGCCACUUUUGAGGGUUGUCCUGAUGUUUUUCAUUGGGGACCCCGGUAUGCUAAAGUAAGUGAUACUCACAUGUUAUGGAGAAAUGGGGAAGCUUGUGGUAAACAUUACAAAGUGACUUGCACUGCAAAAGUAGAUAGAGGCGCAUCUCCUUGCAUAGAGGGUGAUCCUUCAAUCAUAGUGACGGUUGCAGGCCGUUGUCGUGACUGCCCCGCCGACAUUCUCAUGUCAGAAAAUUCAUUUGCCAAACUUGCAAAUAAAAAAAUUACUCAUAAUUUAAAAUUCGACUUGGAAGAGGUACAUCAUCAUUGAGGACUGAGGAGAGUAUGUAUGGAUAUGCAUACUGAGCAUUCAAUGCAUAUGAACCUCGUUGUCAUGGCUUCAAGUUUAUUUUUCCUUAAAGAAUAAGUUCAUUUACCCAAAAAAAAAAAAAAGAGGCUACAGACUUUAUUUUGUGGUUUUGAAAUCUAUGUUUACUGGAAUAAUA